GCCUUCCUCAGAGUCCCCAGAUGCGGAUCCGCCAGAAACAGACUUACUGGUCCCCCAGGGGUGCAGAAACAGAUGACUUCUCAGAGAAUUUAGUUCAGUCCUGGGGUGGGACUCCACAGACCACAGACCGUGCAGCCUGGGCUGAGGAACGUCUCUCAGAGGCCUUCCCCUAGGAGCAACGUUGUGGCCUCUCCCCUCCGCAGGAGUUUCCAGGACCCUCCAUCCCAAGAUACUAUGGCCCUGAUCUCGGAUUUGAAGAAACAAUCACAACUGAAAGAGGUAGCAGGGAUCCCCCUGCAGACUGCAACUGUAGACAACUGGAGCCAGAUUCAGAACUUUGAGGCCAAGCCGGAUGAUCUUCUCAUCUGUACCUAUCCUAAAGCAGGGACAACGUGGAUUCAGGAUGUGGACAUGAUUGAACAGGAUGCAGAUGUGGAGAAGUGCCAGCGAGCCAUCAUCCAACACCGCCACCCUUUCAUUGAGUGGGCUCGGCCUCCCCAGCCCUCUGGUGUGGAUAAAGCCAAUGAGAUGCCUGCUCCACGGAUACUAAGAACUCACCUUCCUACUCAGUUAUUGCCACCAUCUUUCUGGGAAAACAACUGUAAGUUUCUUUAUGUAGCUCGAAAUGCCAAAGACUGUAUGGUUUCCUACUACUAUUUCCAAAGGAUGAAUCAAGUGCUACCUGACCCUGGCACCUGGGAAGAGUAUUUUGAAGCCUUCAUUGAUGGAAAAGUGGGUUGGGGUUCCUGGUUUGACCAUGUGAAAGGAUGGUGGGAGAAGAAAGACAGAUAUCAGGUUCUCUUCCUCUUCUAUGAGGACAUAAAGAAGGACCCAAAACAUGAAAUUCAGAAGGUGGCACAGUUCAUGGGAAAGAACUUGGAUGAAACUGUGCUGGAUAAAAUUGUCCAGGAGACAUCAUUUGAGAAAAUGAAGGAAAAUCCCAUGACAAAUCGUUCUACAGUUCCCAAAUCUAUCCUGGACCAGUCCAUUUCCCCCUUCAUGAGAAAAGGAACUGUGGGGGAUUGGAAAAACCACUUCACAGUGGCCCAGAAUGAAAGGUUUGAUGAAAUCUAUAGGAAGAAGAUGGAAGGAAUCACCAUAAACUUCUGCCUGGAACUCUGAGCAGGUAGUAAAGGAAAGGGUGGAAGACAAGAACACAAAUGCUAUCUUCAAUUCUCUGACCCAGCCAAACAAAUCUCUGAAAGCACAUUGUGAAUGUUCAUGAUUAUGGUACAAACCGUGUUUGUGAUUAUGAACAGUAUAUCACAACUUUGCCAAAAGGAUCAUGUCUGAGGCCUAUUCUUUCCAAAGUAAGAAUAAGACAUCUUAAUAAACUAGGUAAAAUAUAAGAAUUAAAUACUACAAGGAUCUUUUAAUCCCCAUUCUUUUGGGAAGUGAAUUCAUUUUCUAGACUGUAAUAUAACAACACCUGAAGAACAAGUACACAAAUAUUAGAUAAAAUAUACACUAACAACAUGAAAUUUCUGAUGUCUGACCUAACCACUUAGGGAACACUGGUCUGGGCUCAGUCCUGGGGUUCUUCCUGGUCAUAAUGGGAAGGGAUAUAACCCCUGGUGCAGCCAGUACUAAAAAAAAUGUGUUCUGAGCACCCUGACUGUAAGCAGGGAAAGGUCACAGAGUAAAUGUUGAACAUCCAAACCAAAUUAAGAGACACCUGGUGCUAGGUCAUUUAGCAAACAAAAAACAUGAGGGUGGUAUUUGUGAGCCCAGGUAGGAUCCUGGUAAAGGCAGAAAAUAGGAGACACGACUGGUGUCAACAAUGUCAGUCCGGGUGUGGUGCUAAACUUGGAGACUCCUGGACCUGAGCUUCACUGCUGUACACUCCGGGAAACACUUUCUAACAGAGUUAGGUGUCUUUUUCACCCAGUUCCCAUAUUUGCCCCCAUUGCUCUGCAUUUACUCCUCCAUUUACUUAUCUGUAUGCCCCACUGCACUGUAAACCCCUUGGGGUUCAGUUCUAUGUCUUAUUCACCAUUUUACUUCUGGUGCCUAAUGAGCUUAGCAUAUGCCAAUAAAAACUUGUUGCAUGAGCAAAUGAAAGCACAGAUUACAGGAAGGUAGUCACAUUUAAAGUUACUAAGUCCCAACUUUGACCCUUUCCUUUAAGACCCAAAUCAGAGGGUGCACUAAGCCAAAUAAAUUAUGGAUUUCUUUUAAUCACUGCUAAAGUUUGGACCUGAAUCCUCCCACAAAGUUCCAUGAGUUAAAGGCUUGGAUUUCAGUGUGUCCCUCUUGGGAUGUUGUAGACCUUUUAAGAGGAAAGGCUUAGUGGGGGGGCUCCAGGGCAUUGGGAAUAUGCUCUCAAAGAGGGUAGUGGGAUCCCAGGCUCUUCUUCUUUCUCUCUUACUUCUUGGCCAUGAGGUGAGCAAUAUCUCUCUGCCAUACACCCCCACCAUGCUGCCUCCUUACCAGACACCUAAAAAUAACGUGUCUACCCAAUCAUGAACUAAAACCUCAAAUGCAUGAAUCAAAAUAAACCUGAUUGUAUAAGGUAUUUUUAACAGUGAUGGGAAGCUGAUUAACAGAAUCACCAUGCACUGGCAAUUCUAAAUGAUGUCAGUGGUAAAACACACCCCUCUGGGAAAAAAAAAAGAAAAGAAUCUUCCAUUGGACCAACUCCUAAGCAAUUGUUUAGAAUUAAAUUUAUACAGUUAAAAGCACUCAGGUUUUAAACAUAUGUAUGUAAGAUUCAAAUUAACAUUUUUAUUAUGUUAAAAAAGUUACCUGCAUCCUCACUGGAUUAUAAAAUUUAUUGGUUCUAUGUCUUAUUCACCUUUGUAUGGAAUUUGAUUCAGAGAUUCACCUGGUAAAAUCUUCCAUAAU